AUGCCCCCUGGAAGACCGGGAAAUCUCACCCCGGAGCAGGAAGAGAAGCUACGCCAGCUAUGGAACCUGAUUUUGUCCUUGGGAGAGGAGACCAGCACUCCGGCCGCAGAUAGCGCAUCUGCCAGCAUAGCCCCGAGCGAGACGUCGGCUGCCGGAAAGGGCGACAAGCCCAAGAAGAAGCGCGUCUCACUCUUUAGUCGCAAGGAUAAGAAGGAGGCCGGAUCAACAAACUCCUCGACUCCCGUUACCAUCAAGGAGGAUGGCGACGACAAGUACGGUCAGACCAAGCAAUUCCAGGAGGCUUUGGCCAGCCAAAGCCCGGAGGCUCUGCGCGCCACGAUCUGGGCCAUGGUCAAGCAUGACCACCCAGAUGCCUUGGCGCUGCGCUUCCUGAGAGCGCGCAAAUGGGACGUUGAGAAGGCCUUUGUCAUGAUGAUCUCCACCAUGAACUGGAGGUUAACGGAGAUGAAGGUUGACGAGGAAAUCAUGAGAACCGGUGAGGCUGGUGCUUUGGAGGCCUCAAAGAGCUCGGACCCCGGCGCAAAGAAACUCGGAGAGGAUUUCAUGGCCCAGGCUCGGUCAGGCAAAACCUUCAUUCACGGCCUCGACAAGGCAGGACGACCCAUCUGCCAGGUCAGAGUGCGCAUGCACAGACAGGGCGAGCAAUGUGAGGAGAGUCUGGAGAAGUACACUGUCUUUUUGAUCGAGACAGCGCGCAUGGUUUUGGCCCCCCCUGUGGAUACUGCUACGAUUGUCUUUGACAUGACCGGCUUCUCCAUGGCCAACAUGGACUACACCCCCGUCAAAUUCAUGAUCAAGUGCUUCGAGGCCAACUAUCCUGAAUCUCUUGGGGCUGUCCUGGUGCACCGUGCCCCUUGGGUAUUCCAAGGUAUCUGGAAGAUUAUCAAGGGCUGGCUUGACCCGGUCGUCGCGGCCAAGGUUCAUUUCACCAACAAUGUCAAGGAGAUGUCGGAGUUCAUUGAGCCAAGCCGCAUUCUCAAGGAGCUCGACGGCCAGGAGGAUUGGGACUACAAGUACGUGGAGCCGGUUGCCGGGGAGAACGACAAGAUGAAGGACACGGCAACACGGGAUACUCUGGUGUCUGGCCGAGAGGACCUCAUCCACGAGUACGAAGAGACGACCCUGCAAUGGAUCAAGGAGGCCGGAACGGACAAGGAGCCUGCCAUCAAGGCACAGCGCGAGGAGCUUGCCCGCAAGCUGAGAGACGACUACUGGAAGCUGGACCCGUACAUCCGCGCCAAGUGCUUCCUGGACCGGACUGGCGUCAUCCAGGAGGGCGGAAAGAUUGACAUGUACUCCAAGGGAGCCACCGCUCCUCAGCCCACCAACGGCGCGCCAACAGUCGAUACCUCGGCCGACGAUGUAGACUAG